UGCCAGCCAGUAUCCAAAAUGUCCAUGCACAGACCAAAUCCAAAGCAUCCACAGCUCAAAACAAAACCCCUUUUUCCUCAAACAAUGGAUUCAACUUCCCCUUCAACAACCCACAUCCUCAAACACUCCGAAAUCACUCACUCAGAAGCAGAGCAACAAAACAGAGCAACCGCCGAAGCCCUGUACAAAUCCCUCGCCGCCGGCCGUACCGACGCGGUGGCCAAGUUCCUCGCCGGCGACCUCGAAUGGUGGUUCCACGGGCCACCACAUUGCCAGUACAUGAUGCGGGUCCUAACCGGCGAGUCGAGCCACGGCGAGUUCCGGUUCGAGCCGAGGAGCAUAACGGCAAUCGGCGACUCUGUUAUUGUGGCAGAAGGCUGGGAAGGGGCUCAAGUCUAUUGGGUUCAUGUUUGGACGUUGAAAGAUGGGCUGAUUACGCAGUUUAGAGAGUAUUUCAAUACGUGGCUUGUUGUGACAGAUCUCCGGCAGCCAGCUUGGCAGGAGGUCCGCCACGAUGGGCUGACGGUGUGGCAGAGCCACCCUCGGGAUUUGCUUCACCGAUCGCUGCCGGCGAUUGUGUUAGCUCUGUAGUUUGUCACAAUAAGCCUUGUGGGCAGUUAACUAUGUAAUUUGUGUUUCUUAAAGUUAAGGGAAUGGGACAAUGUUUUUGUUGUGUGGAUUAUGGACAUUCCAAGUCUCAAAAUGUAAAUUGCUUUAUGUUGGGAGAGAAAAAAAAAAAAAAAAAACAAAGCCAUUUCUAUGUUAUUCCUUCCUUCUAAUUUGAGCAUAGCUAGUAGAAGUUGGGAUAUCCAAAUUCUCAAAAUGUAAAUUGCUUCUUUUAAAAGUUGGAUAUCUAAAUUCUCAAAUU